AUCGCUGCCUUUUGCUGUUAACGUAAGAGCCAAUUAGAAGACUUAUCUUUAGAUCUCUCUUUCUUCUUCCUCCCUUCAGUACCAAAGAAGAAGAAGAUGAACACUUAUGGAGUCCAACAAAACGCCUUCGAGGAGACCAGGAGAAACUCCGCCGUCGUUUGCCCUCAACCGCGUCGUCUCGAUGUCCUCAACCACCACCAACACCUUGCUCGAUCUCUCCGGCGGCAAGCCAGUCACCAGAUGGAGCUAUCUGAAUCGAAUUCAAGAAGGGACAUGUUGGAUCUCAUCCUUGUGAAGGGUGGUGGUGGUGGUGAGCAAGAUCCUUUCUUCACAGGGUCACCGCCAAGUAGAGUUUCUAACCCUUUAACAAAAGAUUCACUCUUUCGUGACGAGCUUUUCGUGGUGGCUCCUCCUCCGUACACUCUACGCGCAACCAAGCCGCCACCACCGUCGUCUCCAAGGAGCGGUGGCGGCGGUUGCGUUAGGGCGGUGACUAACUUUGGGAACAAACCUCCUGUUCGUGUCGUGGGAUUCAAUUGCCUUGACAGGGACAGACGCAGCAGCGUUCCGACUCUUGCUUAAGAGAUGAUUAAAGUGCAAAUAUAUAACAGAGAUUGGAUAAAACAAAAACAAUUAAAAAGAGAGGUUUAGGAUUGGUAAUGAUGUUGGAUCAUGUUGGGUUUUUUUGGUGAAAUGUGCAAAUAUGUUGAAAAUUUGGGUAAUUUAAAAAAGUGCUGUAAUAUAAAAUUUAGGAUUUGGGUCCAAUUUGGGAAUUUUUGUAAGUUAAAAAGGGAAGAGAGAAAGGGUUUGUGAGUUGCCUGGUUGGUAUCAUCAUUAGAGAAAAUAAGAGCAUUAGUGUUUAUUCCUUAUUGUAACAAAAGGAAAGAGUUUUGAAAUGUGAAGAUAUCAUUUCUAUAUGUUGUCUCUUUUGUACAUAUGUAAAUUUCAAAGGAAUUGAAUAUUUUCGAGUCU